GUUGCCAAACUGAAACCAAAAAUAGCAGAGAAUCCGCUUUGGCUUCUCUCACUCCGUCUCGUCCUUUUCUUCGCUUUGGAACAAACCUUUAAUUUCUCGCCCUGUCUCUCUUCACUCCUCCUUUUAUUUUCUCUUCUAUGCGCCUCUCCCCUUCGGGUCAAACUCUCAGUAAUUUAUGAAAUCAGAGAUGAUCCUUAGCAAUUGCAGUAGCCCUAUUAUUUCAGUUUCUCAUUCUGGCAAAAGAAAUAACGAGUGGGCAAUUUCAACAUUCCAGCAAUAACAUGGGUUAUCUCAAUUCCGUUUUGUCAUCUUCAAGCCAGGUUCAUGCUGACGACGCACCCGUAAGCGGUGGUGGCCUCAGUCAGAAUGGAAAGUUCAGCUAUGGAUAUGCAAGUUCUCCGGGAAAAAGAUCUUCUAUGGAAGAUUUUUAUGAGACAAGAAUCGAUGGUGUUGAGGGAGAAAUAGUUGGUCUCUUCGGAGUUUUUGAUGGUCAUGGUGGUGCACGUGCUGCGGAAUAUGUCAAGCAAAAUCUGUUUAGUAAUUUGAUCAGGCAUCCAAAGUUUAUUUCUGACACCAAAUCUGCCAUAGCUGAUGCAUACAGCCAUACAGACUCUGAAUUCCUGAAGUCAGAAAAUAACCAGAAUAGAGAUGCUGGGUCAACCGCUUCCACUGCUAUCCUAGUUGGUGACCGUUUGCUUGUCGCAAACGUUGGGGAUUCCAGAGCAGUGAUAUGCAGGGGUGGUAAUGCAAUAGCUGUUUCAAGAGAUCACAAGCCGGACCAAACUGAUGAGCGGCAACGGAUUGAGGAUGCAGGAGGAUUUGUAAUGUGGGCAGGAACUUGGAGAGUUGGAGGUGUUCUUGCUGUUUCUCGUGCAUUUGGAGAUAGGCUGUUGAAGCAGUAUGUUGUUGCUGAUCCAGAAAUCCAGGAGGAAAAGAUUGACAACAGUCUUGAGUUUCUUAUCCUUGCAAGUGAUGGACUGUGGGAUGUUGUCACCAAUGAGGAAGCCGUUGCAAUGAUCAAACCAAUUCAGGACCCAAAACAGGCAUCAGAGAGGCUAAUGCAGGAAGCAUAUCAGAGAGGAAGUGCUGAUAAUAUUACUUGCGUUGUUGUCCGUUUCUUGGCUAAUCCAGGCGGUUCAUCACGAAGCAGUUCUGGCUAAGCACCUUAUCCAGCUCAGAUCAAGGGCUUUGAUUCCUUCAGACUGGUAGGUGGGCUUUGAUUCCUUCAGACUGGUAGGUGGGCUGCAAUAAAAGAAUUCAGUGGUGAUAGUCAUAGAAAAUCUAUGGUAGCAUUGUACUUUUACAAGGAUAGAGACUGCUUAUGUUUAUUACUUGUCCUCAGCCUCUAGCAUAGAAAGACCAUGUGAGUUUAGUGCUUGUAUUUUGGGGUGGUAAGUGUAGUAGAAAUGUUUUAUCUGUUUGUAAAGUGUAUUCUCAUUUCAUUUGCUGUAAAUCCCGUGCUAAUUGUUAAACUCUGUACGGAAGGAUAAUAUGUCCCAAGAUACUUUUGUUAUAACCGCUAAGUUUUACGUUGUAAUGUCAUGAUCAAAAUUGUUAAUUUU